AUGUAUUUAUUGAAAGUCAUCAGCCACAGGGACCGGGACCGGGACCGGGACCGAGACCCGGACCGGGAUCGGUACAGCCACAGGGACCGGGACCGGGACCGGGACCGAGACCCGGACCGGGAUCGGUACAGCCACAGGGACCGGGACCGGGACCGGUACAGCCACAGGGACCGGGACCGGGACCCGGACCGGGAUCGGUACAGCCACAGGGACCGGGACCGGGACCCGGACCGGGAUCGGUACAGCCACAGGGACCGGGACCGACCCGGCCACAGGGACCCGGGUCGGGACCGCCACAGGGACCGGGACCGACACAGCCACAGGGACCGGGACCGGGACCGGGGCCCGGACCGGGAUCGAGCGCCCAUCGGGACGAGUGCAACCCGCAAACCCAUCCCACAUCGGGCCUUGAGAGGAGCUGUAAAGUUUACCUGUGAACAGGCACUUUUCCAUCUGGGAUAUUUCCAAUCCUUAUUUCCCUGGGGAGAGCAGGACCUGGAAGCUGAGAUCCCCAAGCUGCAGAAGAGUUUCUAAGCACCCU